UGCGUAUCUCGUAUGCACGCUUCAAGCUUCAGCGCUCCUCCUGCAGAGCGUCACGGGUGCUGGAACCUUACAGAACCACGUGAUUCAGUGGUGUCGAAAUUUUAGAAAUUUUACAACUCGAACCAAACGUUCUCACCAACUAAAGUCGCAAUCUGCUUUGACCGUAGACUGCAGCAUUCAUACGUAACACUUUUACUUACAUCUUCAGAUUUAGCGGUAUGAUACUGUUGCGUCACCCAGUCUGCGGUACUCUUCGUGGCGCGCGGAGCUUGUCAACGCGCGCAUCGGCUAUUCUUUCGUCACUUGACAUCCCUGUUGGUGCGGAACUCCCAGGCGUUUAUGACGGACAAUGGUCUGGCUCUGGGGAAGUGCUGGAAAGCGUGUGUCCCGCCACAGGGGAGGUACUUGCGCGGGUCCGUUCGGCGACACCGGAUGAGCUGCACGAAGCACUGGGAAAGUCUAAGGAAGCUUAUCUUCAUCUCAGGACGGUUCCUGCUCCCAAGCGAGGCGAGCUUUUACGACAGAUCAGAGAAGCGCUCUCCGCGAAGCGUGACGUUCUUGGGGCACUGGUCACCCUCGAAAUGGGGAAAAUCAAAACAGAAGGUAUUGGGGAAGUUCAGGAAUUCGUGGAUAUUUGCGAUUAUGCGGUGGGCUUAUCUCGAAUGAUGAACGGCAGAGUUGUGGCAUCUGAAAGACCUGGUCACACUAUCCUGGAAGUGCCCAACCCCAUUGGUGUCGUUGGCGUGCUUACUGCUUUCAACUUUCCGGUUGCGGUAUACGGGUGGAAUUUCGCGCUUUCGGUCGCCGCCGGGAAUGCGAACGUCUGGAAACCUUCGCCGAGCACACCACUUUGUUCCAUUGCCGUAACAAAGAUCAUUGCGGGUGUGUUGGAGAAGAACGGCCUUCCUGGUGCCGUGUCUACCCUCAUCACGGGCGGAAAGAAUGUCGGAGAAGCUAUCGUUGAAAGUCGGGAUAUACCCCUUGUUUCAUUUACAGGUAGUGAGGCCGUAGGUAGGGUGGUUGGUAAGGCUGUUCAGUCUAGAUUCGGCAAGAGCAUAUUGGAGUUGGGCGGGAACAACGCGUCAAUUAUCAUGCCAGACGCAGACAUGCAGUUAGCUGUGCCAGCUGUCUUUUUUGGCGCUAUUGGCACUGCUGGUCAACGGUGCACGUCUACCAGGCGACUUUAUCUUCACCGUGCAAUCGCGCCGAAAUUCCUGGACGCACUUCAGAAAUUAUACGCUACUAUAAACGUCGGAGACCCCCUAGUGGAUGGCACUUUGCUCGGACCGUUGCAUACACGUGCAGCUGUUGGAAUUUACAGCGAUGCUGUGCAGCGGCUCCGCCAAUCCGGUGCUGAAAUUCUUACUGGUGGAAAGACAUAUGACCAUGCGGCAUUGAGCCAGGGUAAUUUUGUCCAACCCACGAUCUCAAUUCCAAAGACCGCGGACCCUGCUGAUAAGAUAUGGAGUACUGAAACGUUCGCACCUAUCCUGAACGUCGGCUUGUUCGAUGAGUUGGAGCAAGCCAUUGAAUGGAACAAUGCUGUUCCCCAAGGACUGUCCAGCAGCCUCUGGACCAGAGACAUUCGGAACCUUGGCAAGUGGAUUGGCCCUGAAGGUUCAGAUGCUGGCAUUGUGAAUGUCAACGUUGGGACUAGCGGCGCCGAAAUAGGUGCCGCAUUUGGAGGCAAUAAGAGCACCGGAUGGGGCCGCGAAUCCGGUGGAGACGCCUGGAAGCAGUACGUUCGCUGGAGUGCAUGUACGGUGAACUUUUCCGAUGCUGCACCUCUGGCGCAAGGAGUGGACUUCUCCACAUGAUCGGGAUUGUAAUUUGAAAGUCAAUCAAGACCUCGAUACUCGAUUGGACGAUGAGUUAUCUCGCGGCUGUCGUGGCACCGCCAAGUGGGAUUUAGGGUGAUUGCAGGGGUCAGCCAAGUAUGGGUUAUGGUACCCAAUGACACUCUUUCUGUCGUCGCCUUCAUCGUUAUUCUUGUAAUCAUAGCUGCCGUUUCUUCUCUCAUCACAACCAUACCUACUAUAUCAGGUCACCGGCCAGCGUCGCGAUGAUAUAUAAACGUGAGAGCAGUCCGAAUAUCCGUCAGC